AUGGCUGAGAAGACUGAGAAAGAGAAACCUACAAGCUCUUCAGAGAACCUGACGUGUCCACUAUGUCUUGAAAUUUUCGACGAGGCAACCAUCCUGACUUCAUGUGGACACACCUUCUGUCGGAAGUGUCUCAAGAACUAUGAUCUGUCCCAUCAGGAUCUUGAUCACAUGAUCUGUCCUCUCUGCAGGGAAAUCACCAAGUUGUCUGCGAACCGUGUUGAUGAUUUCCUCACCAAUGUGACGGUCAACGGACUUGCAGACAAUUACAACGUCAUGUGUGGAGGGGUGAACGCUGUCCUUGAGAUGCGUUCAAAAUGCACUGCUUGCAAGCUUCAGAAAGAUGCCGUCUCAUUCUGCUGUACAUGUAAUAACUACAUUUGUGAUAAGUGUCUAGAGUGUCAUCAAAAUCUUAAAGUCUUUGAAGGUCACGAGAUUUUACCCAUAGAGGACAUCAUCAACGGGAAGGUCAGCAUUGGCCAUCUAUCGGAAAAGUGCUGCAUCCACAAACAAGAGAACAAAGAGAUGUUUUGUAAGGAUUGUAAGGUCCAUGCCUGUUUCAAGUGCGUGAUCGUCGGUCAUCAAAAUCACCACAUCGAGAAUCAGGCUGACUUCGAGCAGAAGUUACGUCUUAAAGUGAAUGACCUUGUCCAGCGAUGUGCCGCUAAGAAGACAGAACUGGAGAAAAACAUUCAGAAUGUCGAAGUACAACGCCAUGAAGUAUACACUGCCGUGCAGAAACUACUGGACGAUGUCAGUCAAGCCUACAGCAUCAAGGCCAAAGAGCUUGAAGAAAAUCAGCAAAGUCUAAUCGAGCAAAUCAAUGCAGUAAAGCGGAGUUUCGAGGACGACCUCAACGUCUUGAAAUCUAAGGAUCGACAGAAAAUCAAGAGUAUUUGUAGUUCAAUAACACUGGUAGCUAAUGACAGACUGGGUCGUCUUGAGACAGACAGUUUGUCUGCUCAUACCUUUCUCUGUGAGGAGCUGGAUGCCAUGCUGAAGGAGGCAACUGAUCACACUUCUGCGGCAGCGAUUACGAAGAAAGCACAGGAGAAGAAGUUCAAGCUUGCAGAUGACACUCGUCUUGACCUCGGGAGCAUCGCAGGAUCAGAUCCCAAGUUGCAAGUCAUUCAGUGUGUAGACCUACGGGGAUGGAUGUAUGGAAUGACCCAGUACUCCGAUGACAGUGUGGCUAUCGGAUAUGGUGGUACACAUGGUAUAGAUAUCAUUGAUUCAGCUGGCAAAAAGGAGCAGUAUGCAAACAUACCAAGUAACAUGCAAUGUUAUGAUCUUGUGUUUCAACAAGACAGGUCGUUAUGCAUAUCGACGGGUAGCAAAGCAGAAAUAUAUUCUCCCAAUGGCUCCAGGAAAUCAACCGUCCACAUGAAAAACAAUGGCUAUGUUCUCAAACUAAACAGAAGUCCAUCAGAUGAAAUCCUCAUCGUUAGCUAUGAGAAGAAAGUAUAUAUCUAUGACCCGACUGGAUCCACCCUCAAACACACUGUUCCAACAAGACACAACGUGACGAGCCAGGUAUCUGGUACCAGGUCGGGUUUGAUCGUCACGAGUUCAUGUAAUCAUACCAAUCAAAGCGUGGUGACGGUCUAUGACAGGGAUGGGAAUGCUGGUAAGUCUCUACAAGCUCAAGACGGUCUCCCCCUGUAUGCUGCCGUGGAUGAGCAGGACAGGGUGUAUGUAGCGAGUGUUGAUCGUAAGAAUGGUAACGUGGUGAUCAGGCUCUAUGACCUUGAUGAUCUAAACCUGAAGGAGAGAGUUGAGUUCAAUGCACUUAAUCUGACGCUUGGUUGGGGCUGGUGUUACUUGGUUUCCCUCUCACCAGACAUGCUCGCGUUUGCUUGUAAGUUCAAGUUACCUCCAAGCAACCUAUCGGACUUCUGGGAUCGACUUCAAGACCACAUCGACCAGAUCCAGGUGUCCUCAUUGAAUCACAGAGGUAUCAUACUGACUGGUGAUUUUAACAUCGAUGUGACGGAUCCUGAUGCACCUGAUGCUGUUAGGCUGUUGUCAAUGUUGGAAGCAGCUGAUCUGUCUCAGGAAGUGAAGUCUGUCACACGCCAGUCAACACUGGAUGUCUAUCUUAGAUCAACGUCGCCCGCCCCGUAUUGA